CACUGGCAACUUGCAAUUGACAUGAAUUUCGAGAGAAUGAUUGUAUUGUAAUUAGGGAGAUUGCUCGGAGAAGCAAGCUUUUUUUUUUUUUUUUCACAUCCAGCCCAACAUUGGCCUCAAAGCCCUCACCGCCCCUCCUAGUGCGUCUUAUGUGCUGUCGAUUUGAGCUCCUCGGAACCCUCAUCCUCUGCUUACAGGCAAUCAACCAGCGCCGAGCCCAGAAGCGAGCGGCUCGCGUCCGACAAGCGGCGAAACGCCGCCGCCAACCAGCAUCACCCCGUCCAGGAUUGACCAAUACCAUUCUCCUGGAUUGAUAACCCCUCGGCCGCCUCAGCUAUGCUCCAUGAAAUCCUCCUCUCCCUCGCCGGGCAUCCUUCUCCUCUCCUCCGUUCCGCUGCCUCCCCGCCAAACCCCGACGACCCCCUCUCCAGCGAUGUCGUGAUCUCCCCGCCCGAGCGCGCCCUCCUCGCCACCCUCGCCCGCCUCAGCGACCUGCACAUCCGGCUUGUCACCGCCACCGCCCACGUCAGCGCCACCCACCCCUCCGUCAUCUGCCGCGCGGUGGCCUCCGCCGUCGACGGCCUCCACCUGGCCGCGUUCCGGCGCAAGGUGCUCGAGGUGGAGCGGACGCUGCUGCGCAAGGACGCCGCGCUCGUCGGGGCAUACGACAUCGUGCCGCUGACGGCGGUGGUGGCCGAGUUUGCCGGGUGGGAGAGGAGGCUGGAGUGGCUCGCGCGCGUCGUCGGCGUCGUCCGGGAGCAAGGCUGUACCGGGGCGAGGGCGAUGGAUUUCCUGCGCGGGGAGCUGCAGACCGGGUUCCGGGACAUAGAGGAGGCGGCGCGGAGCCUGGUGGGCGUCGCCGAGGCGGCCUGGGUCAAGCAGGUCGCCGCUUGGGUCCUGUAUGGGCGCCUGCCCGAGUUUGGCGAGCGGGACUUCUUCGUGGUGGUGAAAAAAGCGGCGGAGGGGGAGGAGGGCGGAGAGGAGUUUGCGUGCGAGUCGGCGCUGUUGCCCGGGUUCGUCACGCCCGCUACCGCCGCCUCGAUGCUCUUCAUCGGAAAGUCGCUGAACCAGAUCCGGGCCAAGAGCGUCGACGACCACCGCUUGAGGGGCACUGACCAUCUCUCGACCCAGCUUACGAGGCUAUCGGCGCUGCGGCACCCGAUUGACUCGGCUACGUUUGCGAGGACGAUCGCAGACAUCAGGCAUUUCCUGUCCAGGACAACGCUACAGCGCUUGUUACCCCUGAGCAAGGUUCUGGAGACACUGCAGCUGCUACGAGACUUCUUUCUGCUUCGCCGCGGCGAAUUUGCCAUGGCGCUGACCCAGCAGGCGGACGAGAAGAUCAGGAGCCGGUGGAAGCGGGCCGAGAACCUCGCGUACGAGAGACGGGAUGGGCUGAGCAACGUCACGGUGAAGGAAGGGGAGGUGGCCGCUGUCCUGGCGAAGACCUGGGCCGCCAUGGGUUCGAUGCAAGGCGAGCAUGCCGAGGAAGAUGAGGGUCUAGAGCUGGCUCGCGAUCUCCUGCGGUUAUCAAUAGCCAAGCCGAGAGCCACAACGCCCGCGACGCCCGUUUCCGCCGAAGGUGGGCUGCCGCUCGUAGCGCCUACACCAUUCCGGAACCUCCUGUUCUCUGUGCCGGUUGUCUUGUCUAUGCAGAUCCCGUCCCCUCUCGACCUCUUCCUCAGCCACUCUGAUGUGCAAACGUACACCGCGAUCAACUCGUACCUCCUGUCCCUCCGAAGAGCUCACAUUCGCUUGACUGAUCUAUGGAAGAUCACAUCACUUAGGCGCCAUCACCCGGCGCCACCACGACCACCCUACGGAAGCACUCGGGGAGGGAGGGAGAGGGUGCACCUCCUACGUCAGAGAUAUGCGACACGGUCCAGCAUCCUGCGCAACUCCUGGGCUACUGCUAGCGCAGCCAUCUUCUUCCUCGGCGAGAUCGAAGGCUAUCUCCAGACAGAAGUUGUUGCAGGGCUGUCGGACGGCUUCCACCGGUGGUUGACAACAGGCGAAGACGACCAAAGGCAUGACGACGACAACAGUGGGCGCAAACAGACCCCAAUACCUGCUUCGCCCAAAGACGACAUUGACAUGACCGACGAAGACGACGAAGACAACGAAGAAGACAUAUGGCUUGAAGGGUCCAAUUCAGCGUCACAGCAGACAACAAGCAAAGCCUCCCUUCACCACGAUCCGCAGACUCUCGCGACCGCCCACCGCCUAUACCUCCGCGCCCUCGUACACCGUCUCCUGCUCACACAGCAGUCCUUCACAGACCCGCUCUAUGAGCUCCUCGUUCAAAUAGACCACCUGGUCGCCCUCGUCCAUCGCCUCCACUCUGUUUGGACGGCGGCCGACCUCGAGGCGGACGCUGGCGUCGUUGACGCCUUCGUCGAUCUCGAGCGCGAAGAGCGGGACGUGCAGGGCGAAAUCCGCAGCGUGGAGGAGAGGGUCAAGAAGGGCAUCGAAGGGCUGAUCGCGGAACUGCGGCGGCUAGAGGGCAGCGCAGCUCUGCAGGGUGGUGGUGGUGGUGGUGGUGGUGGUGGUGGGGAGUUUGCGGGCGGCGCUGACGAGGGCCAAGGCGAGGGCGACUCGGCGAUGAGGGAACGCGGCGAGUACGUGCCGAGACGGGUCGGGGGGGUAGAUCGGUUGCUCAUGAAGCUGGACUUUGGUCGCUGGUUCGGAAGGGGAGGGGAUGAGGGGGCAGUGGAUGACGGCGGUUUCUGAUUAGGGGUCGUGGACCUCUACACUACUAUACACUAGGACGUGUGUUGCUGGCUUGACUUGUUUCAUCGUGCCUGUUCAAAGGGAGAGCUCGGUAUUCGUACUUUUUUACU